AUGUCCACACCAGAGCAAAGCUCACCGAGGUCGCCCUUGCGAGCGGCGACAAGGCCUACACGGGUGCUGGCCUGCGUCCUGUGUCAACAACGCAAGGUCAGAUGUGACCGUGGAUUUCCCUGCGCCAACUGUGUACGAGCCCAAGCGCAAUGUGUGCCUGCAACACAGGUCCGACGACGUCGCAGGUUUCCUGAGAGGGAGCUGCUGGAACGUCUUCGGAGGAACUUCUGGCGGGUCAUGAAUCAAAUCUCUGUUGAUCCUGAAGAGGAUGAUACUAAUGACAGCGACAAAAGUAACGAGCACAGUAAAUCUCGCUACGGUGCCCGUGAGGCCAUCUUCAGAAAGACCUGGGAAGAGCUGUAUGACGGGGGCAGUCAAACCCUUCUGUUUGGUGCACGAAAGUUUGAUGUCAAAGUAUCAACAUUGCACCCAAAACAGGUCGAGAUCUUCCGACUCUGGCAGAUCUAUCUGGACAAUGUCAAUCCGCUGCUAAAAGUAACCCAUACUCCUACUUUGCAGGCACGGAUCAUCGAUGCGGCCGCUGACGUGGCUAAUAUAACACCGACACUGGAAGCACUCAUGUUCAGUAUCUAUUGCCUCGCCAUUCUCAGUCUGUCAGAAGACGAGUGCCGGACCCUGUUUGGAUCGUCAAGGGACGAUCUUCUGAAAGGCUACCAAUUCGCCUGUCAGCAAGCCCUCCUGAACUGCGAGGUGCUACGUACAAGUGACCGUGACUGCUUGACGGCCUUGUACCUUUACCUGAUCUCGGUUAGACAGCAAACGGAUCCUCGCUCUCUGUCGCCAAUCCUGAGCGUCGCCAUCCGUAUUGCACUACGCAUGGGUAUCCAUUCCGAGUCUAGCUAUACUAGAUGUUCCAUCCUAGAAGGCGAAAUGCGCCGCAGAUUGUGGUGGUCGCUCGUCCUGUUCGACAAUCGCAUUUGCGAGAUGGCUGACCACAAGUCCACGAAUCUGCUUCCCACGUGGGACUGCAGGAUUCCUCUCAACGUGAAUGAUUUUGACCUGCGAUCAGAGAUGAAGACCGGGCCAGCCACGCACGGCAAUCCCUCCGAGGCACUGUUCGCCGUUGUGCGCAGCGAGAUGGGCAAUUUUGUGCGCCGCAGCCCGUUUCAUCUAGACUUUACCAACCCAGCCUUGAAGAUCGUGGCCAAGGAAGAUCCUCUUCCUGCGGCUGGUAGUCUGCCUGCUUUCGAAAGGAUGAUCGAAGAGAAAUAUUUUGCCUCCUGCAACCCAGAGAACCCUCUUCAUUUCAUGACAAUCUGGACAACACGGGGUCACCUGGCGAAGAAUCGUCUUCUGGAUCAUUAUUCCAAGUAUUCGUCGGCACCGCAAACAGAGACCCAGCGUGACAUAGUCAUCUCCCACGCCCUGUGCAUGCUCGAGUGCGAUACCAAGCUUAUGAACUCGCCUCUAACAAAAGGCUACCACUGGUUCCUUCUCCUCCACUUCCCGUUCCCCGCGUACUUUCACAUCUCCCAAGACCUGAAAAGGCGACCUAUGGCUGGACACGCAGAGAGGAGUUGGACAGUCUUGAACGACAAUUACGCCGCUCGCUUUGGAGCUAUGAAGGAAAUGAACCCAUUUUUUGAGUAUCUUGCGCGGAUUCUUCUCCAGGCUUGGGAGGCACGCGAGGCAGUACCCAGACACCUUGGCAAGCCGCUGGAACCACCACACAUUGUCUCGGACAUGAGAUCCAAAAUGUGUCAGGGACCAAGCAGACUGGCAGGGAAUACUGAGCAGUCUACCAGUGCAUCGACGUCCAAUAUGAACGACAGUUCGAUGCCUACCUUCAUCGACUUUGGUGGUUAUGGCGUCCCAUAUGGGCUGGAAGAACCAGGCUUUUUCAGUACGGGCUAUCCGGGCACACAUGGGCCUCCUGCCAUGGAUCUUUACCUGGAUCAAGCCGAUUGGUCCACGUUUGACUGGUAUUCGGUGCAAGGGCGAGGCUGGUAA